CCUCUGAAUGACCAAGUGGUGAUAGUCCAAGUGUUUAUUGGCAUCUUCCUCUGCAUCAACUCCCUCAUGAUAGUGACCUUCUUUAAAAAAGAGGCCUUCUUUACCAACACACGAUACAUAUUCUUUGCUCACUCACUGAUUUGUGACAGUAUAUUUCUGGCUCUGACUGAUGUAUUGCUGCUGAUGAGCUACUCCAGGGUACCAAUGCCAGGUGGGCUAUGUAUAUUUCUGAUUGUGAUCUUAGAAACCCUGUCCGUUGCCACACCACUGACACUGACAGCCAUGAGCCUGGAGCGCUAUAUAGCAAUCUGCAUGCCCCUGCACCACAGUGAACUCUCCACCCCGGUGAGGGCCAUGCGCUGCAUCCUACUCAUCCAGGCUCUCAGCUCUGUUAAAUGGAUCAUUGUGAUCUCCAUCCCCUUCUCGGCUGUACCUCUGAGCUUCUACACCUCUCUUCUAGUCUGCAGUUUCGAGCAGAUGAUUGUGUUCUCCUGGCAGGGCCACCUCAGCUCGGCUCUGUGUCAGUUCUACUUCCUGGUCAUGUCCAUAGUUAUAGCUUUCACCUAUGUGAAGAUCAUGGUGGCUGCCCGAGCUGCCUCAUCAGACAGUAGGAAGUCCACCAAUAAGGGCCUGCGGACAGUUAUUCUCCAUGGCUUCCAGUUACUCCUUUGUUUGAUUCAGUUCUGGUGUCCUAUGAUAGAAUCGGCUAUAAUGAAGAUCAAUUUGAAUGUGUUUAUUGAGGUUAGGUAUAUUGACUAUAUUAUUUUUAUUCUUGCCCCUCGAUGUCUGAUUCCACUUGUGUAUGGAUUAAGGGAUAAGGAUUUUCUGGUGGCUAUGAAAUAUUAUGCCCUGUUUGGAUAUUCUAAAAAAGUAUUUAUAUUUAAUAUGGACAAGUCUAAUGAUGUAAAGGGGAAAAAAACUCCCAUGCACACCUGUAAGGUAAAUGCGGGCCAUGUGUAA